ACAAUUUAAAACAAUUUCUUUAACAAAAACAAUUAUCUAAUCCAUUUAAAAUUUAUUUAAAAUAUAAAAAAUAUUGUAAAAGUUCUUAAUAUUAUGGAAAACUAUUCACAUCCUGUAUCUCCUACCACACCUCCUCCCCAAGAAACCGUUGAAAAACCAGAGGAUGCUAAAAAACCACCACCACAAUUUCAAAUUGAAAAUAUAACAAUAGCCAAGCCACCGCUAUUAAAAAUCUACUAUUGGGAAAGUUUGGAUUUAGAGAAUUUAAAUCGCAAACUUUUAACUGAUAAUUCCUUUAUAGAACAUCAUUUGGAAUUGCCUACACGCCAACUAAAUAGCACACCCAUGAAGAUUAUUUUGUGGUUACGCAAUAUGUGUAAUUUCGACUUUACUAUGUGUUUAAAACGCAUAAAGAAUUGUCAAUGUGUACCCAGAGAGACCCGGGUGGGUUUCAAUCAAUUUCGCCAUUUAUAUCACUGUCCUCACCGGCGUUUGAUACAUAUCAGUCAGGACAUGUAUGUAAUGAAACCAGGAGAUUUGGUGGCCAUGUCGGUUGUGGCUUAUUAUUAUAUUUUGGGAGAUCAUGUUUUGACUUUUGAAUUGAGAAUUUCCGAUUUGCGCAUCAUUUUGCUACAUUUCCAUGUAACCAUUACCACAUUUGAUCCUGUGAAAAGUGUUCUAACCACCAAAAUGAUUCCAGUUGAUAUUAAGGAACAUCGCAGCCUGGCUCAACCCUUAUGGAUACGUAAUAUAACAAUGCAAAAUUUACAUUUUCUAUUUAGUGGCAAAAAUCGUGGCCUCCGUUUAAUUAAUCCCAAUAUGGAAGUACCCAGACAAAGUGUUUGGCCAUUGAUUGUGGAAUACAGGCCGAGUGAUUAUGAAAAUAAUCUUAAUUUGUUUUUAAACUGUGGCGCUAAAUUAGCUGCCAAAGGUGGUGCAGGAAAUCAUUUUAAAAUCCCCAUAACAUGUAAAGGUUACAUGCAGGAAGAAAUUGAAGAAACCCAAGCACCCAAUUCAGAUUAUGAAUGUGCUGAUUACCUGUAUGUUUUGUACCCCAAUAAGUUGGAAUUUUCUACAGAAAUAAAUGAAGAAAAAACCCAAAUGAUCGCGGUACACAAUUACAAUCAAAAGUGUAUGCAAUUUAAAUGGCAAACCUACACUAUUAGCGAAUACUUUAGUUUUACCUUUGAACCUAAUAUAUUUACCCUUAAACCUCAUCAUUCUAAACUAUGUGUGGUGCAAGUGAAGUCAUUCAAUAAGCCUUUACAUUUCAAACGUAUACCGUGUGUUUUGGAGAUACAUCGCAUUCUAGAUAAAUCCACACAAAUAGCUCAAUCACUUUUAACCGAAGUGGAGUCUAUAGAUGAUCCUAAGUGGUUAGAGAAUAGUUAUGUGGAGCAUGUUCUUUUGCAUAUAGAUUUAAAAGUUAAAUUUCCUUCCAUGGAAAAGGAGAAGGUAAUAGAUGAAAAUGACUUAAACAAGGACUGCACAAACAAUCAAACUACAAUAUUUGAGAAAUUAUUUUGGGAUUACUUAUCCAAAUCGAAUUAUAUGCGUAACACCAGCAAAAUACCAAGAAAUUUAAAUUAUGAACAAGUUUUAAAUAAGGAUUUCAAUUCAAUGAACAAGGAUUCUAAAGCACAUAAUAAUAAGCAAGCAGCUUUCAAUAUUUUAAGUUUUCUAACGGCUGAAGCUUGUCGUGAUCUAUCCAAAAAUUAUCGCUUUGUACCUGUUGAAAUUUUAGAUUCUAUUUAAAAUUUACCUCUCAAAUUACGCAUGUAUAGGGCCAAAGGUAA